GCCCUGACAUCCCCAGAAUGACAUCAUCGCGUAGUGACCGGGCGCGUUGUUAAGUAACGAGAGGGGGAGACAGAGCGGAGGAACGGCUGCUGGAGCUUCUCAGGGACUAUCAACAGGGAGAGCAACCGACCACAGAGCUCAGAGCUGGGGGUAUGAGAGCCGCCAGAAUCCGCUCCCAUCCUCCUUUACUCGGGCUUCUGUCCGACUGACAACCAUCGGAUCAGAACCUCCACUGAACCAGCUCUCGGACGAACCCAAUAUCGGUGACAACUCGCAAACAUGGAGCUGAGAGUGGGGAACAAGUACCGGCUCGGGCGAAAGAUAGGGAGUGGCUCCUUUGGCGACAUUUACCUUGGUGCCAACAUUGCCACAGGGGAGGAGGUAGCCAUCAAGCUGGAAUGUGUGAAGACCAAACACCCACAGCUGCACAUCGAGAGCAAGUUCUACAAGAUGAUGCAAGGAGGAGUGGGCAUCCCGUCGAUAAAGUGGUGUGGUGCAGAGGGAGACUACAACGUGAUGGUCAUGGAGCUGCUCGGCCCCAGCCUGGAGGACCUUUUCAACUUCUGCUCCCGGAAGUUCAGCCUGAAGACCGUCCUGCUUCUGGCUGAUCAGAUGAUCAGUCGCAUCGAGUACAUCCACUCCAAGAACUUCAUCCACCGGGAUGUAAAGCCUGAUAACUUCCUGAUGGGGCUCGGCAAGAAGGGUAACCUGGUGUACAUCAUCGACUUCGGCCUGGCCAAGAAGUACCGCGACGCCCGCACUCACCAGCACAUCCCCUACAGGGAGAACAAGAACCUGACGGGCACGGCACGCUACGCCUCUAUCAACACGCACCUGGGAAUCGAGCAGUCCAGACGUGACGACCUGGAGUCUCUGGGCUACGUCCUCAUGUACUUCAACCUGGGUUCCCUCCCCUGGCAGGGCCUCAAGGCCGCCACCAAGAGACAGAAGUACGAGCGAAUCAGUGAGAAGAAAAUGUCCACGCCCAUCGAGGUUCUCUGCAAAGGAUACCCCUCUGAGUUCUCCACAUACCUGAACUUCUGCCGCUCGCUGCGUUUUGACGACAAGCCCGACUACUCUUACCUACGACAGCUCUUCAGGAACCUCUUCCACCGCCAGGGCUUCUCCUACGACUACGUCUUUGACUGGAACAUGCUCAAAUUUGGUGCCAGCCGAACAGCUGAGGACGGAGAACGGGAGAGGAGGACGGGAGAUGAGAGAGAUGAGAGGGUCGCAGGGGUCCCCAGAGGCUCGGCAUCACGGGGCCUCCCACCGGGACCCCUCCCCGCAGCUGCCAACAGAGUGAGGAACGGGCCGGAGCAGGCCAUAUCCAACCCCGCCUCACGGGUGCAGCAGUCCGGGAACACGUCGCCUCGUGCCAUUUCUCGCGCAGAGAGGGAAAGGAAGGUGAGCAUGCGGCUGCACCGCGGAGCGCCCGCCAACGUGUCGUCCUCUGACCUCACAGCCCGCCACGACGCAUCCAGAAUCUCCACGUCACAGGUCAGCGUGCCAUUCGAGCACUUGGGGAAGUAGUAUUCUUUGGCUCUGCAUGCACAUGAAACUGACAGGGCUGCAAGGUAUAUUCAUCGCUCCCCUUUAUUUUUUUCCUUUUAUUUUUACCUUGUCUUAUGAAAAGAUGAUUGCCAAUGGACACAUGGAUCUUUGGAAAAUGGACAGUAAUUUUUUUUUAAAGAUCCAGGGAAGUUUGUGACAGUAUAACAAUUUGUUUCUGACGCGUGGACCGCCACCACCACCACCACCACCACCACCACCACGAUUCAGAAAGCAAACACUCCUGCACCAUUUUUACUCCAUGGUGGAUCAUACCCUGCUCCACUCCUCCAAACAUUUCCCUCAGUACCUUCUGUCUGACAAAUGUGAAGAGCUGUUGGCAUCAAAGAAGCAAAAAGUAAUGGGGGACGCGCAUGUUUCUCGUCAAAGGUCAUCCCAGUGAUCGAUAUAGGUUUAGUAACGAUUGCUUUUUCAGCUCGACACCGCAAAAACGAUUCUGUGUAUGUCCACAUUCUUAUCUUUCGUCAGGAUAUCUUAAAUUGGAGCUCCUGUCUUUGCUUUGUUUAGAGAGGAAUAACAGCUAAGAGAUUAUGACAUGAGGAGAGGCAGGUGAGAGGUUAGUGGGACACAAUGAGAGGUGACUUUUAAAGAGGAUCAGUAAGUGAUGUUUUAGCUGUCGUAGAGUAAUGUUUCCGGUGAAGUAGCAUAUGGUGCUUGCUUGCCCUUCAUCCACGUCGUGACAGCUCAGCCACCGACACCUCCACCACCCCUUGAUUUUCCAGUUUUCUUUGUUUUAAAUGUGAGCGGGGGUAAGGUGAAGAAUGACCAUAGAUAUUGCAAAGACACACUCCACGUCUUGAGGGAAGCGCCUCAGGAAAUUCUCAGCGUAUUUGACCACACAGCUGCCGGUUUUGGCUAACAAACAGUGGCUGCAAUUUUUAUGAUACUUCUAAAUGUUACCUUUUUUUAAAAUUAUUUUUCUUAUUGGAGGUCACAGGGGAGUGGGCAGGCUCCGUUAGGGAUUACUCUUAAGGGUGGGGGGGGGGGGGGGGGGGUUGGACAUCCAAUUAUGAAUUUUUUUUUUAAUGUUUACUUCACUGUAAAUAUAUUUUUUAUUUUGAUGUAAAGCCAAACUGUGGUUAUCUGUUUUUAAAGUAGAAAUGCAUACUAAUGACAUACCUUGGGGCUGGGGGCAGAAUUUUAGAUAUUUAAAGUACUAAACCGGGGGGGGCUUGUGUUGCUUUGCCAGCUGGGUCAUUUAAUAUUUUGUGUGUGUGUGAGAGACCGAGGGAAUCCCUGCUAAGAAUUUUCAUUCUGUCUCUGAAUGCAGAUGUUAUCCCACUUCUCUGCUAUUUAUGUUAAACUAUUUUGUACCCGUCUGUCCUCUUAUUUGUGUGUCCUUUCAACUUCCUGUAACUUAUUAGAAAUAGUGUGUGUUCAUGUUUUUUUUUUGCCUGUCCUUUUCUUUUUUCUGCUUCAAAGGUUGUCCUCGUAUAAUACUUUCAAUAUUCCUUCCUGCAAAAAGUACAUACUAAUAGUUUUGAUGUCACCUCUUGGAUUUGAUCCUCCAGCAACCUUAAUGAUGUCAUUCAACAGAAAACAUAACUGAUGCAAUCGCAGGGAUGUGUAAAUAGCAGUGUGUACUGUGUGUAAUUACCUUUGUACAGGCCACCGUGACCCAGUGGCAUCGUAACUGUGGGGUUGGGAAUGGCCUAGAAGAGGAUGAGGCCAGGGGGGUUUCACUUUAUGUAUUGUGUACUGAUAUCUUGUACAGUUCUUUAACACACUUUAUUUACAACAGUAUUUGUGUAUAUUUUAUGAAGUAAUAAAAAUGAAUAACGUUGCUCACAA